AAGUAUAUAAUACAUAAGAGAUGGAUAUUAUGCUGUAUCAGUACAAAAUAAGCGACCACGUAAAUGAAAGCAUGAUUAAAACGACUCAUUUUCCUAAUAAACUAUCUUAACUUCAUAAAAACAUCACGAUAAGCUGGAACUUUGUAUAUUUAUUGUACAAUAAAGGUAAUUAUUAAAAGUAGUCUGAGACUGAGAAAAACACCACUUUUGAACAUAUCCCAAGUAAAAAUGCAUCAUAAUACAUGACUUUCAAACUACUUAAAAUGGUUGUCUCUACGAUUGAUAAAACAGUAGUAAGGCCAGUCACAAAUUGGGAGAUUAAGAAUUUUUCCCUAUAAUUUAGAGAUAAAAGAGCUAUUGCGGGUAUGGUUAACAUUACCCAGUUAAAAAGUGAGGAAAUAUUUUGACGUCAUUGUGUCAACGUUUGUCAGAUUUUAGCAUUUAUAAAAGCACCAACCCCCGUAAGGAUUCCUCCUGUCAUAUUUCGUCAGUAAUCUUAGUAUUCAGAUUUUAUCACUGCCAUUCUGAUGAGACUACUACAAGGGAUGUUGAACUCUAAAACGAAAUGAAACGUAGUUUAAAGAUUAGUAAAAUGACCUCCAUUUAAUAAGAUUUUUUAGGUGCUGCCAUGUCAGCUCCAAAUGACUACAAAAAUCUUGAACUUUAAUUACCAACAAUAACAAGUUUUUCUUUUUCUGGAGAAGGUCUUCAUAAUUUAAGAGAGUAUUUAGUAAGCGUAUUGAUUAAAAGACAAACUAUUUAAUCUGCUAAUGAUUGCUAAUCAUAACCAAGGGAUUUUUUUUCUUAAAUUCUUUAUUUAUUAGAAGGUAAUUACAAUGGAUGAUCGAGAACAGCCGCAUGCAGAAGUUGUAUUCAUGGGAGAAGGCAGAGUGGGAAAAACUGCCCUAAUUCAGAGAAUAAUCAAAGGACCAAAUUCCAAUAUCUGGGACGAUAAAUAUGAACCGACUAUCGAAGAUUCAUUUAUUCGAGAGUUUGUAGUUAAAGGAAAUUUGUGUCGACUGAGACUUAUCGAUACUGCAGGCAGUUAUAUGUUUCCAGCAAUGAACAGACUAUGGCAUCGAAGAGGUUCUGCUUUUGUACUUGUUUGUGCUAGAGAUGACGCGUCAAGUUUGGAUAGAAUUAAAACCAUUCUGAAAGAAAUCCAAGAAGAGAGACCAGAAGACUACAGAAAAUUAAUUAUAGUUAUAGUCGUCAACAAAAACGACAUUAGAGAAAGUGAAUGGUUAAUAACAGAUGAAGAAGUAGAAUCAGUAGCAGACGAAUCACAAAUACCAUUUAGUUCGAUUAUUUCAGCAUCAGCCCGUGAUAACUACGGUGUCAUAGAUAUUCUAAAAGUGAUGUGGAAAAAAAACCAAGAAGCUGGAGAAAAUGGAAUUAUUUUUGAUCCGUUGCCUCCUCAUGUUGACCUAAACGAUGGCAGAAGAAGAGCAAGUGCGUUUGCAGUGCUCUUUAGGAACUCAUCAACCAAAGGAGCAACAGUUUUUCAUAUUGAUGGCAGAGAAGGUCCGAGACAUUCGUGUACACCAACAAGCAACAGAUUAGCAAUUAGUACGAGUACAAAUUUAAGUAAUGAAAGUUCGUUUGGAACGACAUUUAUCAAAAAACUUGGACGACUAAGUCUUGGAGGACAUCGGAAUACCAAACGAGACAAAACCAACCUAGAACCUGCUGUCAUUAAACUAGAUUGUACUAUAUCCUGAGACUAUGUUAUAUUUUAAAAACUGAUCUGUUAUUUGAAUAAGUGAAUGCUUUUUAAAGAUUUCGAACUUUUCGCCUAUCUAACCGUAAUGAAAAC